AUGUCCACCCAACAUCACGGCUCGGCUGACUUGCGCGGGCCGUCUGUCACUCCGAACUACCCGCUACGCGAGCCCUUCCCUCGAGCCAAUCGUUUCAGAAACAUAACCCUAUCCCAUCUGGACAACUUCGAAGGGGGAGACUAUGCCGAAUAUAACAUCACCUCUGUCCUUUUCGAGGUAGGUCGAGAUGGAUCCGAAUCAGCUGUUCAGCUCGAAGUUUGGUCAGCCCCCGGUACAACUAAGCCUACCUUUGCGGAAGCUGUCAAGCAAAAGUAUACUAAGAUUGGCGUUGGCUUCGAGUUUGGACCGAGCUGGACCAACCAUUGGAUUCGUGCAACAUUGAAUGUGAAGAGCGAAUGGCGAGACAAGGAAAGAGUGCAGUUUGAAUUCGACCCCGGCCAUUUUCCUGGGACUUGGAGAGGACAGUUGACUGAUCAAAUCCGCCGAUCUCAAGGCAUCACGGGCGGCCACGGAGGAGAACGCAGGGUCGAAUUCAUCAUUCCAAAGGUCGAUCGACAUCUUCCAUUGAGACUUUAUAUCGAGGUAUCUGCCAAUGGCCUAUUCGGUGUGCCAGAUGAAGGAAAACCGAUUCAUAUCAAGAAAUAUUACAAAUUAGAGUCUGCCGAUAUUGUGGUACCAAGACAAGAGGCCUGGCAUCUCAUGUGGGAUAUGCGGGUAAUCAGAGAUAUUACCAAGAGUUUGCCGGUGACCAACCCAUCUUGUCUUAAAGCACAAUCAGUGGCAAUGGAAAUCUCUAACACCUUCCGAGCGGAUGAUCUGUCGACUAUUGCGACGUGUCGUAAGAUAGCAGAAAAGGUUUUAGGGAAAAAUUGGAGCAGUCAAAGUCCCUACCAGGAAGAUCAUGACUGGAACCCAGAUGAACAAAGAGACGGCGUGCCAGUCUUAGGGAUUGGUAACUGUCAUAUUGACGUACGUAUCACCCUGACUAUCACAUUCAUUGUGUGGUCAAAAUCUUACAUGAGUUUAUCUCAGACGGCUUGGCUGUGGCCAUUCUCAGCCACUCAACAAAAAGUUGCCCGAUCUUGGUCUACUCAAAUAGAUUUGAUUCAGCGAUAUCCAGAAUACAAUUUUGUUGCAUCUCAAGCGCAACAAUUCAAAUGGCUUGAAGAGCUCUACCCUCAACUGUUUUCAAAGGUGAGGCGUGAAAUCGAGAACGGUAGAUUCCACAUCGUUGGUGGCAGUUGGGUCGAACAUGACACCAAUCUUCCUAGUGGAGAAUCACUUUGUCGUCAAUUUUCUUAUGGCCAAAGAUACUUCAAAUCAAGGUUUGGUAAAACUUGUGAUGUGCUCUGGCUACCGGACUCGUUUGGGUAUGGCUCUCAGAUCCCUCAGAUCUGCCGCUUAGCUGGUAUCUCUUGUUUCUUCACUCAAAAACUUUCCUGGUCUCAAUUCAACAAAUUCCCGCAUUCAACAUUCAAUUGGAUUGGUAUCGAUGGCACUCAAGUUUUAGUGCAUAUGACACCCGUUGACACGUACAAUUCUCAAGCCACUGUAGGUGAUGUGAUCAAGGCCACUUCAAACCAUAAAGACCUUGAAUGGUCAGACAAAUCCCUACUUGCGUUCGGAAACGGCGACGGAGGGGGUGGGCCGCUUGCACCCAUGUUGGAGAGUCUGCGAAGAAUUCGAGCCGCUGCAAAUCACGCCCCGGCUUCAGGUAUCCCCAAAGUUACAUUGGGUAGAUCUGUGUCAGAUUUCUUCAAAGAGAUUCUGCAUAACACGCGCGGAGGCAGGGACCUUCCGACCUGGCGAGGUGAGCUGUAUCUAGAGUAUCACCGAGGAACUUACACUUCUCACGGAUCAAUAAAACGUCAUAAUCGCAAGUCGGAGGUGAUGCUACGCGAAAUUGAAUACUUAGCUACGCUAGCUUCGAUAUCACCUGAUCGCAAUGGAUAUGAAUAUCCUAAAGAUACUCUCGAUAGCAUGUGGGAAACAGUUCUUCUUUGCCAGUUUCAUGACGUUUUGCCUGGAAGCGCCAUCAACAUGGUUUACGCAGAUGCUGAGAAAAUGUACGCCGAAGUGGCAAAGAAGGGUGCUGCGUUGCUAGAGGAAGCACAUCAAGUCUUACAUCCAAAAAGUUAUCCCUUGGAGUUUUUGUCUAAUGCCCCCAACAAGAUUGGGUCAAGUAUCGCCAUCAACACGUUAUCCUUUCCGCGCCAAGAGGUGGUCAAGAUCCCUCUUGAGCAGUAUGAUGGAAGAUCUGCGUUUUCAGUCAGUGAUAGCGAAGAGGAUUCGUGCUUUGUGAUUGCAAAAGAUGGAACCGGGAACGGUGUGAUGGAAUUCGUCUCGCUGUCUACCUAUCGUGAAAAGAUCACUCCAGCCACUGCAUGCACGGCUUAUGGGGCCGACGGAGAGUUGUACUAUAUACUUGCCAAUGCGUUUUUGACUGUCUGGAUUUCCCCCAAGGGUCAAAUCACAAGCGUCACAGACACUACUUUAGGUCGUCAGAUCCUACUGCCCGACUCGAAAGCAGGCUUUGUCAUCUUCCAAGACCAGCCAAUCAACUUCGAUGCUUGGGAUGUUGAUAUUUUCCAUUUGGAUACCAAGGAAAGCAUACUGGCAAGUUCGAUUGAAGUGACUGAAGCCAAGGGCCUGCGAGCAAGUCUUGUAGUUCAGUAUGAGUUUGGCAAGUCUAAGAUCUUGUCAACUAUCUCCCUCGAUGCAGUUCCUGGCUCAUUGAAGGAUGAUGCAAUGACCAUGCUUCGAUUUGAUGUUAUUGCGGAUUGGCAUGAACGUCAUCGGUUCUUGAAAUUCGAGCUACCGCUUGAUAUUAAUGCCGAUCAAGCCACUUAUGAAAUUGCUUUUGGUACACUGAAUCGUCCUACUCAUAAGAAUACAACUUGGGACGAAGCUAAAUUUGAGGUUUGCGGACACCGAUUCGCUGACUUAUCCGAGUUUGGAUAUGGGGUGGCAUUAUUGAAUGAUUGCAAAUAUGGGUACUCGUGCGAGGGAUCUUAUCUUCGUCUAUCUCUUCUUCGAUCAGCAACGAAUCCUGACCCACAACAAGAUCAAGGUCAUCAUAGAUUUUCAUUUGCAGUCUUACCUCAUCGAAGUCAUUUCUUAGAGAGCAACGUCCCACAAGCAGCUUUAGCAUUUAACAACCCACUUCAUUUGAGAUUUAUGGAGAGUGGUGCCAUGAUCAAGUCUUCCAUUUUGAAUGACGCAUUUCAACUCGAAGGUCGGGGUGCACGAAAUGUAUUCUUAGAUACCGUCAAGAGAGGAGAUGAUGAUACAUUUGGAUUUCAUUCUCAUAAGGAAACAAAGUCCGUGGUCUUGAGGUUGUACGAAGCAUUUGGAGGAUCAACAACCUUGGAUUUGAUCACGAAAUUACCUGUCAAAGAAAUUUUUGUGGUUGAUAUUUUAGAGAGAUGGGUGGAAGCUGUACCAUUAGUUGAAUAUGUUGAUGGAGGUCAAAAAGUAGAGCUCAAGUUUAAAGGAUUUGAGGUGAAGACGUUGAAAUUGUUAUUGAUUGAUGAAUAG